AUGUCAUCAGAAUUGAAAAUCACCAAAGAUACUUUGGUUGCGUCGCUCUUUGAGUUGUCCAAGGCUGCUCUGGAAGCUGCCAAUGCCGCAAUUGACUUUUACAAAGUAGCAACCGGCGGCGAAGAAGAUGUCACAGCCGAGCAAUUGCACGAAAUACAAGAAGCCAUGAAAGUUGCUGCUCAAGCAACUGCUGGUGUCAAGCGUGAGUUGGAAGAACCCAACGGAGAAACUUCCAAGAAGAAGAAGAAGGCUGAAAAAGAUCCCAACGCACCCAAGAAACCAUUGACCAUGUACUUUGCCUACAGCUUUGACAUUCGUAAGAGAGUUGCCGAGGAAAGGAAAAAGAAAAACUUGCCAAAUAUGAAUGCAAUUGAUAUGAACCAAACUAUCAAGGACCAUUGGGAAAGCAUCUCACCAGAGGAAAAAGCCAAAUGGAAGAACAAGUAUGAUGAGGAAAUGAAAAAGUACAUUGUCGAAAAGGCAAAAUACGAUCAAAGCUUGAAAGAUGGUACUCCAUACGUACCUCCUCAUCAAAGGACUGCAUCCGGCACUGACAAUUUGGAUAGCCCCAAAAUUGAGGAAACCACCGUUGAGGAAGUAAAUGAGCAAUCUGCCGCUCCAUCUGCAUCUCAAGACGAAAAGGACAAAAAGAGAAAGAAGAAGGAAAAGUCUGAUAAGAAGGAAAAAAAGAAAAAGUCUUCAAACUAA